AUGUGCAGUACCUGUACGUACUUCCCAGUGUCUUGUUGUAUACUAGAGCUUCAUAAUAUCCUCGAAAAUAUUCUCUCGUGGUCGCCCAAACCGUUCAGUCCUCAAUUUACAAGUUGCCAGACGCACACAAAACGAUGCAUCGGUCGUCUUUCUCCUGCUCCUAGUCCCUUCAUCGGGUGCUACGGCACUCUCGUGCAAGCUGACCGUACUGCUGGGAUGAUUACAACGGACUUGGUCCGAACUCCCACUGGCAGCUCCAGGGGUCUCCGAAGUAGCGCGGAGCUCACGGAGGCAACUACCGACGCUGAAGCUGAAGAAGAAGAGCGAUGGCUCAAAAUCCCAAAGCUCAGCAAGCUGAAGAACAUAUUCCGGAAGAACCCGACGACCCCCAUCAGAACCUUGCGCAAGGACCCCAAGAUCGUCAAGCAAGUCGAGACCUUGCAAAAGAAUCCCCAAGUCAUGAAGGAAGUCGAAAACGUCAAGGAAAUCCCGGCUGUCCAGAAAAAUCUCAGCGGGCUGCAGAGCAAUCCCGAGAUGAUGACGACUUUGCGGGCGCCCCCGAAAAGAGCAUUAGGGAGGCAUCCUCGUUCCUGA